AUGGCUGCACCAAAAGAACCUAAAGUGAAGGCAUCCACAAUGGACGCCUACGACGACACUACCGAUCCUGACAUGCACUUGCUAGCCUACUGGCAUCACAUGUAUGUGCAAGGGACAAAUGAAGCCACAUGGUGCAAAUAUUUUCCAGCUACAUUAAAGGGAGUCGCGUCCAAGUGGUUUGAGUCUAUAAACUUAUUUGGGGAACUAGAGGCUCUUUUUUCCUCUCGGUUUGUGGACCACAAAGAAGAGAAGAAGACAAGCAUGCAUUUAGGACGCAUCCAACAAGGACACGACGAGCCUUUGAGGAGAUAUGUAAAGCGUUUCAAUUUGGAGGCCGACCAGAUUACAGAUCUGUCAGAUGGGGUAGCUUUCGAUAACUUUGUCCACGGGUUGAAGAAGGGAUUCUUCAAAUUUUAUUUGGUAAAAAAAACAUGA